GGUGGUGUUAGCCGUUUCCCUUAUCCUAAAGAAGUCUGGUCUCCUGCUGGUGGCUGGUGGGCUCAGCCCAAAACCUGGAAGCCCAACACUGCCAUUGCUGUUCUUGGCAUGGCUUUCACCCUUGGCGCCAUUUGGAGUGUCUCCGCUGACAAGGAGCGUCGCUACCAAGAACCAAAGCGCUGGAUUCCAUCCAUGAUGUGGGCAAAACAAUACAAAGAACAAGGCGGACAGUAA